CGCCGCACUCUCACCUGCUCGACGCUCGCCUCGCUCCUGCUCUCACACUCAGUCGUCUCGACCACUCCUUCUCGCCGGCUUUCAGCGUCAGGCACUUGAUUCGCGGCUCGACUGCGAGGGCCCAUCCCUCCACGCGCGCUCGCGCUCCUGCCGUCCACCAGCGCCCCCUGCCCGCAUGUCUCGCGAGCACGCCGCCGGCCAGGGCGCGAGCAGCACCGCCACAAGCAUGCCUCGCUCGGCGUCGUCCGAUGGCGAUGCGCCGCACGAGCAGGCUCAGCGUGCCCUCGGCGCGCUCAGCCUCGCCGAGUCGAGCAGCAGCGCCGCCGCGCGGCCCUCGACGGCACGCAGCCUCAGCUCCAGCGGCACGUCGGCGGGCGCCGCGCUGGCCGAGGCGAGUGAAGGCGCGACGCCCGCCGUCAGCGCUGGCGCCGGACGUGCACCUCGGCGGACGCAGACGAUGAGCCAGCCCGCUCCGGCACUGGUGGACGAGCCCGAGGAGGACGAGGCGUGGCCAGACGAGGAUGCGCCUGUGCCGAGCAGCCGCGGCGCUGCGCCAGCUCGGGCGACGACGAUGCUGCCCGGCUGGGUGCGUGAUGGUCACGACGACGAUGGUGCUCGAGCACGCGCAGCGGAAGCAGCUGCCCAUGGGCUCCUCUCUGCAACAAGUGCGUCCCAGGGCGUGCGCAUCGGUACGAUGGAGCAGCCUGCGACGGCAGCACUGCCGGACUCUGGCGGUGCUCGAAGCACGUCUGCCGGCCGGAAUCCACGCAAGCCGCUGCGGUCAACGACGCUCGAUCCCGCGCAGCACCUCCGCACGCAGCAGAGUGCCGACGCGGCCUCCACUGCCGAUGCAGCACCGGGCUCGGACGAUGCGUCACUCGACGACAGCACGCCGCACGUCUCGGUCGCACCGCAAGCGCAGCGGCCUGACCUGCUCCAGACAGCGCCCUUCCUCGCCGCCAGCUCCGGCUCCGGCUCGGCAAUGAGCGCCAACGGCAGCGGCAGCAGCCCGGAGAGCAGCGUGUAUGCCACGUACCCGCACAGCCAGAUGGACCUUGCCGCGUUCGAGAGCUACCGCACGACGCCGGACCCGUAUGCGCCCAUGGCACCGCCGACGCCGCAGCAUGUGCCGCAGCAGGCGCGGCCGCACUUUGCUCCGGGCUCCGACGGCGCCGGCCAGCACUACGCACGCCAGCAGGAGCAGAUGCUCAUGUAUGCGUACCAGCCCGGCGCGGCACAAGGCCAGCCGCCGCUGGCAUCGCCGUACACGUACGCGCAGCCGCUGCAGCCGCUGCACUAUCCACAGCAGGCGCCGGCGCACAUGGGCCAGAUGGGCCUCAACCCCAACAUGGGCGCGUGGUACCCGGCACAGGCCGGCCCGUCGCACGGGUACCACCCGCCGCCAAGUCCGCUCGUCUCGCAGAUGCCCAUGGACGACGGCAACCGGCAGCAGCAGCACAUGCGUGACGGCGCGGGUGGCCCGUACGGCGGCGGCGACGGAGGCAGGCCUUACUCGGUUGCUGCCUCGCCGCGUGUGGGCCAGAUGCCUCUGCGAGGUGGCUAUGCUGGCACGCCGAAUCGUUCAGGCGGUGGCCACCGUCGAGUGCCCACGGGUCCCGGUGGCAUGAUGCUGCCCAGCGGCGGACUCGCGUACCCAAAUGCAGGCAUGCCUGUGCCACAGGGUGCACCGCUCGGCAUGGGCUUCCCCGCCGCGCCAGACGGCUCGAUGCCCUUUCUGCCGUACGGCCCGCCGGGCUCGAUGCAUUCACGCACGCCCUCGUCGGCGUCGCACCACUCGCACUCGUCGAUGUCGUAUCCACAGCAGUACCGCGCGCCUUCCUCGGGCAACGGCUUCUACCAGGGCGGGCGGCACUCGUCGUCGCCGUCGGUCUCCGGCUCCAUCUCGGGCAGUGCGUCUGGCGCCGCAACGCCGGCACGCUCUGCGCUGCUCGAGGAGUUCCGUUCCAAGGCGUCCAAGGGCCGCCGCUUCGAGCUCAAGGACAUCCGCGGCGCCGUCGUCGAGUUCAGCGGCGACCAGCACGGCUCGCGCUUCACGCAAGAGCGUCUGGAUGUGGCGACGCGCGAGGAGCGCGACGCCGUCUUCGACGAGCUGCUGCCGGCGGCGCGCACGCUGAUGAGCGACGUCUUUGGCAACUACGUGAUCCAGAAGCUCCUUGAGCACGGCACCGUGGCGCAGCGUUCCACGCUCGUCAAGGAGAUGUCGGGCCACGUCCUCGAGCUCUCGCUCGGCACGUAUGGCUGCCGCGUCGUGCAAAAGGCGCUCGACCACGCGCUGCCCGAGGAGCAGCUGGCGCUGGCCGACGAGCUGCGCGAGCACGUGCUGCAGUGCGUCAAGGACCAGAACGCCAACCACGUCGUGCAGAAGAUCCUGGAGCGCAUCCCCGACGCCGCGCAGAUUGACUUUGUGCCGGCGGCGUUCCGCGGCCACGUCCCGCAGCUGGCGGCGCACUGCUACUCGUGCCGCGUGCUGCAGCGCAUCUUUGAGCACUGCGCCGAGAGCCAGGCACGACCGCUGAUGCUCGAGCUGCAGCAGCACACGCAGCAGCUCAUGCAGGACCAGUACGGCAACUACGUGAUCCAGUGGACGCUGCAGCGCGGCGCGCCCGCCGACCGCGACGCAGUGAUCGAGUCGGCCAAGGGCCAGCUGCUCGCGCUCUCGCGGCACAAGUUCGCCAGCAACGUCGUCGAGGAGAUCUUCCGCAGGGCAUCGCCGGCGCAGCGGCACGAGCUCAUCGAGGAGAUGCUGGUCGUCCCGGAUGCGCAUACGGCUCCGGCGUCGACGAACAUCGUCGCGCCGAUGCCCGCCGCGGUACUCAUGAUGCGCGAUCAGUUUGCCAACUACGUGCUGCAGCGCGCCCUCGAGACGGCCGAGCCCGAGCAGCGCGCACGUCUCGUUGCCGCCGUGCGCCCGCACCUCGCAAGCAUGCGUCGCUAUGCGAAGCACCUCGCAGCGAUCGAGAAGCUGCUCGGGCCGGACGAGAAUGCUGCGCACUCGAGGCCGCCGCGGCCGUCUGCGAGCGGCGCCAGUGCUGCACCGUCAGCCAGUGCGCCGUCGACAGUCGGACCUUCCGCUCAGGCGCCGGCCUCGUCGCCGACCGUCACAGCAUAAGCACUCUCUCCUCGGCCCACCCUGCUCUCGUGCUCUCUCACGCCGCUCUGCUCCUGUCACUGUCACCUGCUCCGCGGACAGUACUGCCCCCGCCCCCUUCUCAGCAUCAACCCUAGACUGGCGCGCGCCCACACCGCGCCGCCCACACAUUCGCGCGCCGCACGCGCCGCAAUACCACCAUCGUUCGCACCACGCUCGAGUGUGACAGACGCUAGAGGUUUGGCUUGGAGGUGAAGCUCGGCG